AUGACGAGUCUCCAUAAUAUUCCACAAGAGCUUCUGUACAAUGUCCUGGAGUAUCUAGACUGCCGAGCUCUUGGGGCUAUGCGCCUUGUUUGGCCCUCUCUCGACGAACCAGUCCUCCUCCCUCGACUCUUCAGUGUCGUACGACUGUCCUUCUUAGAGAAGCAUCGGCUUCAAUUCCUAGGCAUAUCCUCUUCGCCACGUUUGGCGGCCCAUGUUCGUAUUCUGCAAUGGAAUUCGUUAUGCCACACGGAAGAGUUCAACAUCUCGCCGACUUGGCUGAAGACUUUUCUCUCUAGUGAUGCUAUCCCGAAUUUCCGCCCACUCUUCUUGGAGGGAUUAGACGCCAUGGUCAAUCUCAGGACCUUUACCACCAUCAUGCUACAUCCUUCGCAGUCACAAGGUGAUCUGUGGCGCGGAGAUUCGGCACCACCACUUGGACGCCUUUUCCUCACCGACGAAUUUUCCAAGUUGGAUCUUCUUCAGGUUUUCGACAACUUCCUUGUGCCAGCUAUGCUCUGUUAUGGGUCGAAAAUCGAGUCUGUUCGUCUUUUAUGCAAGAGUAUCGUCAUGGGAGAUAGAAGGCCUGAAUGUGACUUCGAUGGUCAUCCGCUUACGUACUAUAGGGGUUUGAUCGAAGCUUUCCGUUCACUAAGGGUCAGACUCGAUCCCUUCGGAUUGCGUAAUGUCAAGGAGCUCGAUCUUUGUGCUACUUUCCCUUCAGCCAUAUCAUCCGAGUUCCAUCGAAGAGAGUUGCAGGCCCAUAUGCUCGAUAUAGUCUCUGCUGCUAAGGAGCUCCGAGUUUUGUCUCUGCGCUCGACCGACCCCGAUUCUGAAGUUGAACACGAUAUUAGAGAUUCAACCAUCUUUCCAGGACUCCACACACUGGAAUUUAAACAUUUGAGUACACUCAAACUUGUGAACCUGACCUUUUCCGUCAAAGAUUUCAACGAAUUGCUUGCAAAGCGUGCAGAAACGCUACAACACAUUCUUCUCUACAACUGCACCGGAAGCGAAACAGGGCUUUUAGAAGUGGUUAGGUUUGUGGCUGCCGACCCUUCUAUAAAGUUACACAGGUUCUCAGUUUGCGUAUCUGAGAGUAUAGGGUUGGGCCCUUGGGAAGAGGAUCAAACUAUGGCAGCCCAAAUAAUACCUGAGCAGGAGAUCCUUGCCUUUAUCAACAAUGGGGAGGGCGUUGAAAGUGAAGCCGUGGAUCCCUUUUUGCACCAUCAACCUAUCGGUGCUGAUGACUGGCAAUCGGCUUCUGAACGGGAUAGGUCGGAGAUUGACCAUUACAUAGACCUGUGGGCGACUGCGGUAGAGAGCCCGGAGAGAUUGACAUCUGAAUGGCCCCGGUGGGGGUCUUUGCACUAUGCUUGCAAAGUAUGCCAGGCUUGA